AUGGAUAAGAUGGAGGGAAAAACAAGAGGCGAGGAGAGGAAGAUCGGUGUGAUUGAGACAUGGUCGAGGAAGCAUCGUCUUCUCUUCGACGGAGUCACAAGACACCCUCUUGUUCUUAGCAUUCGCGAUGGUUCCAUCAACAUUGCUUCCUUCAAAAAGUGGCUGGCACAGGAUUACUUGUUCGUUCGGGCGUUUGUCCCAUUUGUGGCCAGUGUGCUGAUAAAAGCUUGGAAGGAAUCAGAUGAGAGUGGUGACAUGGAAAUCAUAUUGGGGGGCGUGGCUUCACUGGAGAAUGAAAUAGCAUGGUUUAAGAGAGAAGCUAGCAAGUGGGGUGUAUCACUUUCUGAAGUUGUUCCUCAGCAAGCAAACAAGAAAUACUGUGGGUUGCUGGAAAGUCUAAUGAAUCCAGAAGUGGGAUAUACUGUGGCUAUUACAGCAUUUUGGGCUAUUGAAGCAGUGUAUCAAGAGAGCUUUGCCCACUGCAUUGAGGAAGGUUCCAAACCUCCGCCAGAACUGAAGGAGACUUGUGAAAGGUGGGGCAAUGAGGCUUUUGCCAAGUAUUGCCAAUCCCUGCAAAACAUUGCCAAUCGGCGCUUACAAAAGGCUUCUGACGAAGAACUCAAAAAGACUGAAGUUAUGUUACUAAAUGUUCUUGAACACGAAGUUGAUUUCUGGAACAUGAGCCAGGGAAAUGUCUGA